CAUUUUCCGAGCGGAGAAGCUUUCCUUUUUUUUUUUAAAACAAAAUGAUGUCGCCAAGUGUGUCUGUGCUCCUUCUGCUGGCCGUGGCUGUCUGUAACGCCGAGGAGCUGCAGAGCAAGAGCAAAGUAUGUGCCAAUGUGUUCUGUGGAGCCGGCAGAGAGUGUGCUGUUAAUGAAAAGGGGGAGCCCAGCUGUCUGUGUAUAGAGAGCUGUAAGCCCCACAAGAGGUCAGUGUGUGGCAGCAAUGGUAAGACCUACAGGAAUCACUGUGAGCUCCACAGGGAUGCUUGUCUUACUGGCUUGAAGAUCCAGGUGGCCCACGAUGGACACUGCCAGGAGAAGAAAACAGAGCAGGCAGCUGCCAGCCCAGUGGUAUGCUAUGCUGCUGACCGCAAUGAACUGAGGAGCCGCGUGAUCCAGUGGCUGCAGACUGAGGUCGUCCCAGACGGCUGGUUUGUCAAGGGAUCCAACUUCUCUGACAUCCUGCUCAAAUACUUCAAGUCGUAUGACAAUGGUGAUGCUCAGCUGGACUCCUCAGAGCUUCUCAAAUUCAUCCAGCAAAAUGAGUCGGUUGUGGAGUUGCAGUCCUAUGCAGACCAGGAGAGCAACAAGCUGCUCCGGAGCCUGUGUGUUGAUGCCCUUAUUGAGCUCUCUGAUGAGAACGCCGACUGGAAGCUGAGCUUUGAUGAGUUCCUCAAUUGCCUGAAGCCUGGCUUCAAUCCACCAGAGAAGAAAUGUGCCUUGGAGGAUGAGACGUAUGAGGACGGAGCAGAGACCCAAGUAGAGUGUAACCGCUGUGUUUGUGCAUGUGGCAACUGGGUCUGCACUGCUAUGACCUGCACUGAUAAAACGGCAGCUGUGGAUGAGUCAACAGAUGCUGGAGCAGAGAUGACUGAGGAGGAGUGGAACCUCCGUGUGGCUGAGCUCAACAAGCACCAGGAAACAGUUGAGAAGAUGAAGAGCAGCACAAAAGAGGUCUAAAUAAGGACACAAUGACGAAGAGGAUGUACGUCAUCACCCUUCGUCCAUACUUGAUUUACCUUGCGGCCAUGUGUUGUUAUUAAACUGACUUUUUCAUGUUCCUCUGCUAUGUUAAUUAUUAUACAUUUUUUACAGUGUUUAAGUGUUUGUGUUGAUGUUUGUUAGAUUCAGGGGCAAUCAAGGAGUAUUAUAGGAUUCCCUCGUGUUCAGUACUGUCAUAUUUGAUUGUAUUACUGCGCCCCUACACUACUAUUUUUUACUACAAUCCUUAUAUUUUUACAGUUAUUAUGGGGAAAAAACUGUCAAGUCGUCACAGUUUUGGAAUAUGGAAGUCAUUGUUUGAGAAGGUAGUUAGGUUAGGAGCGUAGAGGAUCCAGCUGUUGAAAGGAGGGCGCUGACCACAUGACACCUGGUGCAGCGUGUUUCUCCGCACCCUUUUUACGGUCGGCAUGUUGAGAUAGAAGCUGGGAUAAGAGGGUAAAGUUACUAGUGAUUUUGUUGCCAUUUAGAACUGCCACAGUGGGCCACUACUUGACCAAUGCACUUCUCUUUAUUUCUCUCUAGCUUUCUUUUAGUUUAUCACAAGCCUGAAACUUGUUUGUAUCUUACUGCUAAAGUAAUAAUUUUGCUGCAAAAAAGUUUGCUUCUAUGUACGUUAUAGAUUUGAGUUGGAACUCAAUCUUGGCCCCAUGAUAUGCUCAGGCAGAGUCUCUCUGGUGCUUUUCAGUAAAACAUUUCUCUGUCAGUGUCUUACAUUUCAGAGAGGAAGACAUAGUGAUCCAUCUUUCAGUGUGGAGCAGCACAACCGCACCCAGAUGAGACCUGAUCUGAAUAUAGCGUGGUGAAUACUGAAACCAAAGUCUUGAUGUUUGAAUGAUGUACAAAAUUCUCCAGGUAAAACAUUACUCUGGACCCAGCAACAACACUAUACCUGUGCUUUCAAAAUCACUCUAACAGAAGGACUAGCCUCACUGUCAGCUAAAGUAGCUUAGACGCAUCAAUAACUGGGUGCACAUAAAUUGUGUGUGUGAUUGUGUGUGUGUUCGUGUGUGUGCUAAAAGUGUGAUGCUGAGAGUAGUUUUGUUUGUUAAAUGUGUUUAUUUGUUAAAAUCCUCCCUAAAUUGGGAGGUUUGACAAUAAAAAUCAGUGCCUUAGACCUGCAACAGUAUAGGUCUCUACCUUUGCCUGCUAGUAUGAUAUGGCAUAGCAAGGAUGAGUGUGCUUUGCUAGAGUUUAGCAGUAAACUAGUGCUUUGUGACUCUAUCCCUGAUACAUGUCUGUGUGAAAGUUGCAUUACUAGGUUAAAGCUAAAUCUUUAUAUUCCACUACAAGUACAGAGACUGUAAGACAUAUGUAUGUAUGCCAAUAAAGCCCAUACACCACAACA